AUUUUAAAAUGUUUCAGAAUCAAAUUUUCCCUUGGGAGUAAGUGUCCUGCAGUCCUAGAAUACAGACAAUAAAAAUAAUUUAAUAACCCUAUAAUGCGUCCAGUACGCACUGAUUCGUACUCGGAAAUAGACGCAAACUACAAUCUGUGAGAAUCUACGCAAAUUAGUUUGAUGAGAAUGUUGGUGUUAGUGUGGGAAGUUUGAAGAUGGACUAAUCAGUAAUACAAGAGUAUCAGCUCUAUAUAGAUCUACAGGAGUAGCAGCUCUAUAUAGAUCUACAGAAGCAGCAGCUCUUUAUAAAUCUAACGAAGCUAUAAGGACUUGGCUCUAUAUAUGUAUGUAGAUCUACAGGAGUUUCAGCUCCAUAAAGAUCUACAAUAGCUUGACUUGACUCGGUAUGAAUCUACAGUAGCUGGAUUAUGCUUCACAUGGAUCUACGUGACGUGACGUGAACAUGCUUAUCCUCAUACUUUUAGUAUUAGUAUUGAGCGUGGUUGGAACCAAGGGAAACUCUCCACCAAGGUUUCAAAUACAAGGAGGACAAGGUUCCCAGCUUGUGCUUCAGCUCAAGGAGGGAGAUGGAGCUAAACCUGGGACAAGGAUCACAAGGAUCCGAGGUUUUGACCCGGACGGAGAUUCUCUAACUUUCGGAGUAGUCGGAGAUCAAAACCUGGUUCAAGUUGAACAGAUAGACUCGGAGCAAGCAGAUGUUGUUCUACUCAGAGAACUGGAUCAUGAGGAGAAACGAGAUCAUGAAAUUAUUCUCACCCUGACAGAUGGACAUCUCGGAGAAGGAAGAUACAUCACCCAGUCUCUUCUCAUCUUGGUAGAGGAUGCUAACGACAAUCCUCCAGUGUUCUCUCCUCCUCAGAUCUCGGUUGAGGUUGCAGAGCAUGUCUCCAACCUGGUCCUUGCCACCCUCUCCGCUUCAGAUCUUGACAGCGGAGCUUUUGGUCAGGUGGUUUAUCGGUUACUACCAAACCAGGAACCAGAGAUAUCGGAGAAGUUCUCCGUUACAACCAAGAACGGAGCUGCAGUCUUAAACCUGAUAUCUGAGCUGAACUAUGAGUCUAGGAACCUGUAUGAGGUUCUGGUUGAAGCAAGGGAUAGAUCUAGUCCUGGAGAUGUAAACACUGCAACAGCAACAGUUGUAGUUAAGGUUCUGGAUAUCCCGGAUCAAGGUCCAGAAUGGAUUUCUCUUAAGGCGGUUACAAGGAUUCCUGAGGAUAUCUCCAUCUUUUCUCCGGUGCUGACUGUGAGGGCUAUGGAUGGAGAUAGAGGGAUUAGGAACAAGAUUAAAUAUGGAAUAUUAAAUGGAAACUCUCAACUCUUCGGGAUCAAUCCUCAGACGGGACUCAUCUAUACUAAGGAUCUGUUGGACCGUGAGAAUGCGGAGACUAGGAACGGAGCAUUUAUUCUUGAGGUUUCAGCAACAGAGAUAUCAGAGCAGGGAUCCUUGGGACAAACUGUAACCACGGAAAUAACAAUUAUCUUAGAGGAUGUAAACGAUGAAAUUCCCCAGUUCAGAGCUAGUUCAAUAAUUGCAGAAAUCGCUGAAAAUUCUCCGUCCAAAACUCCUCUCACAAUUCUCGGAGAAAAUAAUGUAACAGAGGUAUUUGAUCUUGAUCAAGGAACUAAUGGAACCUUCAUACUAUACCUUGAGAACGGAGAAGAUGUAUUUGAAGUGACUCCGACCUCUGGAUUAAACGAAGCAAGUUUUAUUCUCCGGGUUCGGAAUCCAUCUUUGCUGGAUUAUGAAACACAGAAGAUAUUUAAUCUGAGUUUAGUAGCAGAAGAGGUUGCUUCUACUCGGAGAAGGAGUAGGAUACCUGUAACCGUCCUCGUGAGAGAUCAGAACGAUCAUUUUCCCAAGUUUUCCUCCGACAAUAUAGAGAUCUAUAUCCCUGAAAGUCUAACUCCGGGAGAAGUAUUGACAACUGUUACUGCUACUGAUGCUGACUCCGGGGUAUUCGGCUCCGACGGUAUCAGAUACACGGAGAUAUCUGGUCCGAUCAGUGAGUUCCUUGGGAUUGAUCCUGUUUCCGGGAAAGUUGUUUUGAAAGACACAGAAUUCAGGUUUGAUCGGGAGAAGGUUUCAACUCAUUAUCUGAGUAUAGCAGCGAGGGAUAAUCUUGGACAAGGGAAUCGUAAUACUGCCCAGCUAGUGAUACAUGUAGAAGAUAUUAAUGAUAGUUCUCCAACAUUUUCUCAGAUUCAGUAUGAAGCAUAUAUCAGUGAGAAUAGUCUCAGCUUUGCCGAGCCAUUAGUAGUUCGAGCUGAAGAUGAGGAUGAGAAGAAUACUUCUAACUCGGAGAUCAGAUACCAGAUAAUUCCAUCCUUGAACUCGGACAACUUUACCAUUGACUCCGUCACCGGAGAGAUUCUUCCAAGCGGAUUUCUUGAUUUUGAAUCCGUUCCAAUCUCUGAGGAUCCGUCAGAUAGAACUAUUCUGGUUCGUCUUAGAGCGUUUGAUCUGGGUACUCCUUCUCUCUCCGGAGUUUCCAGUGUUCUCAUCCAUGUAAUCGAUAUGAACGACAAUCCUCCAGAGUUUUUAGAAUCAUCCUACGAAGUUUCUAUUCCUGAGGAUAUCGAGGCCGGAUCUCCUAUCCUAAGUGUUAAAGCUAGAGAUGCCGACGGUAGCUCGCCAAAUAAUGAAAUAGUCUACAGGUUGGAUUCUGAGUCCAGAGAUAAGUUUUACAUUGAUGGAGAGAUCGGGAUGAUAUCUGUUCUGAGCGGGAACCUUGAUCCUGAUCUAUCCGUCCCACCUCGGACCAGAUACUCUCUCCAGGUCCUAGCUUUAGAUGGAGGACUUGGACAUCAUCAGCUCUCAGCCAGGGUUCUAGUGAAUGUAACAAUAACUGAUGUGAACAAUAAACCUCCGAUAGUUUUCCAGCUGGACCCUGUAAGUGUGAGAGAAGAUGCUGAUGUUGGAUCUAUGAUAUCAAGUAUAAAAGCCAAGGAUCCUGAUAAGGAUAGUCAACUCAGGUUCAACAUUGACUUUCCUCGAUCAGAAGGACGGGAUGAGGAUGGAAGGUUGGUCAAACCUGAACAAUGGCAGUCGAUGAUAGAAUGCGAUCAGAUGUCUGGAGAAAUUAGGGUUUUGGCAAAUCUAGACCGAGAAUUAGUUCAGGAGUUGUACCUGUACACUGUGGUUGAGGAUAUCUCCGCAACACGUGAGAAACAAAUCACAAGUUCAAGAUUGACAGUACAUAUUGCAGAUGUAAAUGAUAAUGAUCCUCUCUUCGAUAAACAAAUCUAUAGAGGAAGCGUUGUAGAGAACAGUCAACGUGAUACUCCAGUUCUGUCAGUCCUUGCUAGAGAUAAGGAUGUGAAUAGGACAAUAUCAUAUACCUUGCAGGGAGAUCUUGAACUACUUAACCUCAUCCAGGUGGAUCAAUUCACUGGACAGGUUUCUGUUAGAAACAGGAUAGAUAGAGAAGUGAUCAGCUGGCUAAACCUGACAGUUGUUGCUACUGAUAGCGCUAGUCCACCCAGGUCUGGUUCAGCUCUACUCCUUCUCAAGGUUCUGGAUGAGAACGACAAUUCUCCAGUAUUUAUCAAUCCUCCAUCAGUACUGGAAAUCAGUGAAGGAGAGAUGGUUGGUAGUAGAAUACUUCAACUUCAAGCUCAAGAUAGAGAUGAAGGACAGUUUGGGACAAUUACUUUCUCAAUAGAUCCUGUAACUUCCUUGGGAGCUUUUCAAGUUCAUCCAGACACAGGAGAAGUAACUGUAGCAAAGAUACUUGACAGAGAAGAGAAGAGUUCUUAUAAUCUCAUCGUUCAGGCGCACGAUAAUUACCAGUUUGGUUUUGUAUCCGGAGAAUCUCGGGUUUCCUAUCACAAGAUAAAUAUCCAGAUUGGAGAUAUCAACGACGAAGCGCCUAAAUUUGUCGAGGUCCCUGACACGUGUACUUCUAUCGUGGAGUUUCAUACUGAAGAAAUCCUAACCCUAAGAGCUCUUGACAAAGAUGAUCCUGAAACUCCGAAUGGAGAAAUAGAUUUCAAGAUUGUUCAUGGGAAUGAGAUGGGAUUCUUUAGAAUAGAACAGGUUGUGAGUGGUAUAGCAAAACUCUACCCGGAGCCAGAGUUAAAUGGGAAACCUGGAAACUAUUCUGUCCUGGUUGAGGCGGAGGAUCGAGGGUUUCCCGCAAACUCCGCCUCCGCCGUAUUCCUAGUUUGUGUUCAGGAUUUUAACGACCAUGCUCCUGAGUUUAUUCUACCAUCCUCCAACUAUACGGUCAGAAUACUGGAGAAUGCAACUAUAGGAACUGAAGUACUCCGGGUGCAAGCUGUUGACGAGGAUAAUGGUUUGAAUGGGGAGGUUAGAUACAGGAUCAGGAAAGAUUCCAGUGGAAACCAUGAAAUCUUUGAGAUAGAUCCAGUAACUGGAGCAAUCAGUCUAACUAAGACACUGGAUCGUGAGAGGACAAGGAUGCAUGAGUUGAGGAUUGAGGCCUAUGAUCUAGGUGUCCCAACCCCCCUACAGAGCGACCUUGAUUUAAUGAUAUAUGUCCAGAAUGUGAACGACCAUGAACCCCAGUUUAUAGUUGAUGAGUUCUCUGUAAAUUUUACCGAGAAUGAAUCUGGAGGAUCUGAGAUUAGAAAGAUACUGAACACGAUUGAUUUAGACGAAGAGGAAGCAGGAGAUGAGAAGAUCAUGGUUUGUUAUUAUAUUGUGAGUGGGAACUCGGAAGGAAUAUUCCAUCUUGACUCUGUUUCUCAUGAGAUAAUCGUGGUAAAACCUCUGGAUAGAGAAGAGAAGAUAUCACAUGUUCUCAUAAUUAAAGCAACAGAAGACUGUGGAACAGUUCCAGGGGAGGUUUUGGAAUUUAAUCCUUUAGACAAUACACUUCUCCUUCUCAAUAUCAUAGUUGUAGACGUUAAUGAUAAUGCUCCGGUCUUUGAAAGACGUCUAUUCACCGGAGGUGUCUCCACAGACCUGGAGUUCGGAACCAAGUUUAUGAGUGUUAAAGCAACAGAUUCCGACAGCGGAAUCAAUUCUCAGAUAGAAUAUUUAAUCUGCGGACAGGUGGAAUUAUUAAACUCGGAAGGUUUCGGUGAAAACGAAAAAGCACCUUUUCUAGUGGAGCCGGACACUGGAGAAGUCGUCUUGAAUUUUGAUCCUCAGGAAAACCAGAAAGGAUAUUUUAGUUUCGAGGUUUGUGCUCGAGAUAUUGACGGGAAGGAAGAUACAGCGAAGGUUGUGGUUUAUUUACUCCGAGAGGAUCAGCGAGUAAAGUUUGUUACCCGGAGUCAACCUCAGGAGUUGAGGUUGAGAAUGGACGAGUUUAGCAUGGUACUAGCCAAUGCUACUGGAGCAAUAGUCAACCUAGAUUACUUUAAAGUUCACGGAAACAACGACGGUUCUGUCGAUAAAACCAAGACCGAUGUGUUCCUCCACUUUGUCCAUCCGGAGAACAAUACAGUUAUGGAGGUCUCAGAUAUCCUUCGAACCAUAGAUUAUAAAACAAUAGAACUGGAUUCAUUCUUUAAAGAGUUCGAUGUUUUGCAAACCGAGGGUUCAGCAAACUACCUUCCGAUUAAGAUGGAGACAAGUGAGACUGUAAUUAUAUCUUGGUUGGUUGGGGUGAGCGCAUUUCUAUCUCUGUUACUCCUGGUGGUUGUUUGUAUCUGUGUAUCACAGAGAUCUAAAUACUCAAGAAAACUGAAGGCUGUAACUACGGACGCAUACGAUACUGCUCCCAAGAUUACAAAGAAAGAUGAGUUUGUGCCGAACACAAACCGUCAUGCCUCUGAAGGUUCAAAUCCUAUCUGGAUGACGGGACUUGAUCCUAGUUGGGAGAUUCAAACCCAUCCUGAAGGAUCUCCUAGACAUGUGUCAGAAAUAUUUUCUAAUCUAGACUCGUUGGAUACUAACGUUCUCAACGAACCCCCGCCUGAACCUAUAUUUCAAGAUGAAUCUGACGGGUCAAUAGAAGUAGAUCGCCGAUUUUUCAUGACCGGUGAGGUAUUAUACCGGUCUAAUGACGAGGAUGAUCGGCCGAGAGAGGGAUCGGCUGGAAGACGAAGUGAUUCUUCCGGCCGAGGAUCUCUCUUCACAUCCUCACAUUUCGUCCAGAGUAUAAAAGACGAGUCCUUACUUUACUCAAAACCCUUCCCAGAGAGGUUAAAUAAUCCUCGAGCCUCUUCUCAGGAUAGAGAUUCAGAUUGAAACUCUUGUAAGCGUGCAAAUGCACACUAGAACUCUUGGCAAGUUCUAAAUACAGACUAGAACUCUUGACUGGGUCUGGAUACAAACUAGAACUCUUGACAUGGUCUAGAUACAAACUAGAACUCUUGACAGGGUCUAGAUACAAACUAGAACUCUUGGCAAGGUAAAGAUACAAACUAGAACUCUUGGUAAGGUCUAAACACAGACCAGAACUCUUGACAUGGUCUAGAUACAAACUAGAACUCUUGACAGGGUCAGAUACAGACUAGAACUCUUGACAAGGUAAAUAUACAAACUAGAACUCUUUACCAGGUCUAGAUAAAGACUAGAACUCUUGGCAAGGUAAGGUCUAAAUACAAACCUGAACUCUUAACAAGAUCUAGAUACGAACUAGAACUAUUGGCAAGGUCUAGAUACAGACUAGAACUCUUGACAAGGUCUAGAUGCACACGUACUCGAACUCGAAAGUCUAAGAGGUCUGAAUUUCUACUGGAAAUUUCAUAAUUUAAAUUUACACAAGAACUCUUCUAGUAAACUCUGGCUCUGUCUAAAUCUGAGUCUAAAUCCUAAUAUAAACUGUAAAUGAGGAAGUGCCAUUGCUUGUUAUACAUUCAGUGAUUGAUUACACAAUGUAGAUAGACUGUAUACUGUAUAUAGUCUCAGUAGUUCUCUAUUCACCUCAUAAACCUUGUAUACAUAGGUUUUGAAAUAAAUGAUUAAAAAAG